AUGUACUGUCAGUGGCCGUCUCUCCAGGGAACUCCCCCCACCCUCCAGUGUCCCCUCGGGUCGCCCACUCCGUCAGACGCCUGUCACGGCUCUGACAGGAUCUCCUACCAGGACACCAACUACAGGCGCUCUAUUCCAGCUGAAGAGCGCCUGUCCAUCUGUCUGCGGUUUCUUGCCACUGGGGACUCCUACAGGACCAUUGCGGGGAGCUUCAGAGCGGGCAUAUCCACCGUCUCCAUGCUCAUCCCAGAUGUGGUGGCAGCCAUCUGGGACUGCCUCGUGGAGGAGUUCAUGGCUGUGCCUGGAGCAGAGGAGUGGAGGUAA